AUGCAAGAAGUACAUGAAAAUUGGCAGCAACUAUAUCCAAUCAGUCGCGGCUACUUUGUGGCAGACAAAAACAGCGCAGAAUACAAAGUCCAGUUCCCACCAGCAGACAUCAGCGGUGUGUUAUCCCCAGAUGACAAGCGCAGCGGCUGGGUUCUUUCCGUGUUUCAUCAGAUUCACUGCCUGUCAAUCAUAACCACAAGGCUCGGCAUCUCUCGAAAAGAGUUUGCAGACUGGGAUCCCUUCAAGCUGGGCCACACAGCACAUUGCAUCGAGUAUCUGCGACAGAGCAUCCUGUGCUCGGGCGAUACCAGUCUUGAGGGCGAGUCGGGAUCGUGGUCGGAGAGUAUUGGCUGGGGCCAGAGCCACGUAUGUAGAGACUACGACGCGCUCAUGCGCCUGGCGAACGAGAAGGCGGCCUGGGACCUCAGUCACGAGCGCGAGCCGGACCACUCCAAGCUCUUUGAGUCUACCAUGGAAGACUGUGAUUCAGACAAUGGAGAGUACUGUCAUUGA